CAGUGCAAGUACUGGACUGACGAGUCCAUGAGCUUUGCCUGCCGACCUGGGGGAUGCUCCAGGAUCAGUGAGACCCCCUCUGUAGUUUUUUGUGGGUCUAAUCUGGGCAGGGGCACCUCCCUGCCAUCGGUAUCUGAAAUUCUCCUCUUCGCGCUGCGUGUCUGUCUGUGUGUCAGUAGAGUCUGUUGUUCAUUGUUGAUCGUUGUUUGAACCAAAGCUUUGAAAUGGGACAAGGAUUAACUACCCCUUUGAGUUUGACUUUAGAUCAUUGGAAGGAGGUGAAAACUCGUGCCCACAACCAGUUUGUGGAGAUCAAGAAGCAUAGAUGGAUUACUUUUUGUUCCUCAGAAUGGCCAACCUUUAACUUAGGUUGGCCCCACGAUGGGACAUUCGAUUCUGAUGUUAUUUUACAGAUCAAAGCAAAAAUCUUCUCUCCUGGACCGAUGGGACACCCGGACCAAGUGGCCUAUAUAGUCACUUGGGAAAAUCUCUCCCUUGACCCACCACCGUGGGUGACUCCUUUUCUCAGUCCUUCACGAAGAAUCCCCCUCCCCUCUGCCCCUAACCCGGACCCUUCGACCACCUCCUUGUGUCCUGUGGUGGUAAAACAAAAGCCUGUUUUGCCCCCUGAUGAGAGUGUUCCUCCUUUUCCAGAUGACGUCCAAGCAGAGGGACCGGAGGUCGCUCCCUCUCCCAUUGCGGGUCGACUCAGAGAGAGGAGAGGACAGGGAGAUUCCUCACACAUCCUGCCCCUCCGACUCGCAGGAGGGGAAGGAAACCAGUUUCAGUAUUGGCCCUUCUCCGCUUCAGACCUGUAUAACUGGAAAACUCAUAACCCGUCCUUUUCCCAGGACCCGCAGGCCCUAACAGCCCUGAUAGAGUCUAUCCUCCUUACCCACCAACCCACGUGGGAUGAUUGCCAACAGCUCCUGCAGGUCCUGCUAACUACGGAGGAAAAGCAGAGAGUCAUUCUGGAAGCCCGAAAGCAUGUUCCGGGGGCAGACGGGAGACCAACCCAACUGCCAAACGAGAUCGAGGCUGCCUUUCCCCUCACCAGACCUGCUUGGGAUUUCAACACGGCUGAAGGUAGGGAACACCUACGUCUUUAUCGCCAGGUGCUUGUAGCGGGCCUCCAAGGGGCAGGGAGACGCCCCACCAAUUUGGCCAAGGUGAGGUCAGUGACACAGGGAGCAGACGAGCCGCCCACUGUGUUUCUAGAAAGACUUAAAGAGGCAUAUCGGAGGUACACUCCCUUUGAUCCAGACAGCCCCGAUCAGGAAGUAAGUGUUUCCAUGUCUUUCAUACGGCAAUCAGCUUCUGAUAUUAGGAAUAAACUCCAAAGAAUGGAGAAUUUACAGGGGCAAGAUCUUAGGGACCUCUUAAGGGAGGCAGAGAGGAUCUUUAACAAAAGGGAAACACCAGAGGAGAAAGAAGAAAGACAAAAAAGAGAGGCAGAAGAUAGAGAGGCAGUGAGAGAUCGAAAGCGAAAUAAAGAAUUAAGUAGAAUCCUGGCCACAGUAGUGAGAAAAGAAAAUGAAGUCAGAAUAGAAAGGGGGGGAGACCGAGGGCGUGUCCGGUUAGAAAAAGACCAGUGCGCCUACUGCAAGGAAAGAGGACACUGGGUAAAGAACUGCCCCAAGAAAAAGAAAAAACAGCAAGAAGAAAAAGCUGAGAUCCUCAACCUCGAUUAGGGAGGUCGGGGCCAGGAACCCCCACCUGAGCCCAGGGUAACUCUUCAUGUGGGGGGACAGCCAGUCACCUUCAUGGUAGACACUGGGGCGCAACAUUCCAUCCUCACCCAAACGACUGGCCCGCUUAGUAAAAAGACAAUAUGGGUAGAAGGGGCUACUGGAGCAAAGCGUUACCGCUGGACUACAGGCCGGAAAGUCCAGCUCGCCUCAGGGACCGUGACUCAUACCUUUUUACAUGUACCAGACUCUACAGAAACAACGGAUAAGCAGAAGCUAGAACAAGGCCUGCUCCGUGUACCAACAUUCCCCUCCCCCCUGUCAGAUGAUGAGGCCAGGAGGCCAGGCUGA